AUGUUUCUGAGUAAGAUUUUGUCUGGAUUACAGCGAAUGUCCAUAUUGAAAUGUGGCGACAACAGUGGAGUGAUAAAAGGCUGUAUCAUUGGUCUAGGCAGGAACAAACAUGGCACUGGUAAGAUAGGUGACCGUAUUAAAGUAUCAGUUCGUGAUAAAACUUCUGAUUGCAUCGUCAAUAACAAGAAACCGCGGGGUAUAAUAGUGAGGAGGAAGAAGGAAACUCAGAGAAAAGACGGGAUGGUAUUUAAAUUUGAUGAAAACGCCUUUGUUAUUAUUUCAAACAAUAAACUCCAAGCCACUAAAAUAAAAGGACCGAUUCUCCUCGAAACCAGACAUAACUCUAAAUCACUCGCAUCUAAAAUUUUAUAA